AUGUCGGUAGAGCUUGUUGAGGAGGGUGACGUGGUGCGCGUCUACCAGUACGACACUCCAGGCACUUACACGGUCAAGGCCUGGGUCCGUAUUGGUUCCGUAAAGUACUACGCAGACGAUGUUGAUAUUGAAGUCACUGCGCCCCCUCUUUUCAGAAUGGGAACUACAUUUGAUCGUGGAGCCGAACUCCAUAGUGGCGGGCGCCAGUUCAGUAAUUACUCUUCAGGUGUCGGAUCAGGACAAUUUACGUGGUUCAUAGAUUUUGGUGAUGGAGGAACUGAAGAGGAAGGACUUCACACUGGUGACGUGGUGCGCGUCUACCAGUACGACACUCCAGGCACUUACACGGUCAAGGCCUGGGUCCGUAUUGGUUCCGUAAAAUACUACGCAGACGAUGUUGAUAUUGAAGUCACUGCGCCCCCGGAACAACAUUUGAUCGUGGAGCCGAACUCCAUAGUGGCGGGCGGCAGUUCAGUAAUUACUCUUCAGGUGUUGGAUCAGGGACAAUUUACGUGGUUCAUAGAUUUUGGUGAUGGAGGAACAGAAGAGGAAGGACCUCACACUGGUGACGUGGUGCGCGUCUACCAGUACGACACUCCAGGCACUUACACGGUCAAGGCCUGGGUCCGUAUUGGUUCCGUAACGUACUACGCAGAGGAUGUUGAUAUUGAAGUCACUGCGCCCCCGAAUGUACACCUGAGCGUGGAUCCACAUUCAUUAGAGGCGGGCACCAUCGCAUAUAUCACCCUUCUAGUGUCGGAGCCAGGACCAUUCCUCUGGUUCAUAGAUUAUGGCGAUGGAUCAACUGAUGAUAAAGGGCCACACAGUGGUGUAGUGGAGCUGUUCCACACCUACAAUGAUCCAGGAACGUACACGGUCAGUGCCUGGAUCACCAUUGGCACCGAAACAUACUAUGCAGAGGAUGUUCACGUCCACGUCUAUGCACCGUCGCCCCCGUAA